AUGGCGAUACAAAGGUCAGAUAAAGCGAAACUUGCUAAAACUGCUACACAAGAUUAUAAUUCUUUGCGAGAAGAAAGUUCAAAAUCACGUUCUGUUGUUGCCGGGAGCAAGGAAACUUUGAAACAGCGAGAAGGAGGUAGCUCUAAGUUUACUAUUAGUCAAAACCAUGGGGACAUUGUCAAUAAAAGGCCCAUUCCUACAAAUGGUAACCCGAAAGUGGGUGGUGGUGGAGGGGCUGUUAAAAGUUCAAUUAAUAGUAGCGUAAGAAAACACUCUUCCGUUGGUGAUCAUUCGAAAACUCCAUAUAGCAAAAUUUUAUCCCUCAAUAAAGGUUCCGUGACGACAACGCCAUCGGUGACGAAUGGUAAUAGGCACUUGCCAAGAGAAAAUCUUGAUGGUUUGAAAAGUGGUGCUAUUCGGAAAGACAGCAAUGGAAAGAAUGUUAUUGCAAGAGAUAGCAGCAGCAGUGCGAACGAUCAUAAGAAAGCAGAAUCAAAUAAUACGCGAGAAGGAAGCACGGCAUCCUCCUUUAAGGCACUUGUUAGAACGCCGAGACCUUUAGCACGACCUGCGCCAAAUUUAAUAAAAGCAGAUACAUCUCGAACUAGUUGUGAUACUCUUUCACCAUCCCAUAAAAUUACUUCUCUUCAUUUGACACAAAAACAACCUUCUUUGACAAAUCGUACAUCAUCGUCCUUAUCAUCUUCGAUAUCAAAGACAUCUGUAUCGCCAAGCACGCAAAAAGCGAUUCAAAGGGUCUCCUCAACUAUAAAAGCUGAAAAAAGGCCUCGGUCUCUACAAGCUCCUUCUCGUGAUGAACAACGACCACAAUCACGACAAAGUUUGUCGGCUCCCGCUACGCUACGGAAAAGACCGGAACGAGAUUUCUCGCCAGAACGACGUCCUGCAAAGCGCCCUGCCACUGGGCAUAACGAUAAUCUUCAGUCUGUUCUGUUUAGUGUGUUUGGUUAUGAUAGACGAAGGUAUCGAGAUGAUUAUUCGGAUGACGACGACAUGGAGGUUUCUGGGCUCGAGGUACUGCGUGAAGAAGCAAGAAGCGCUAAAAUCGGUUAUCAAGAAGACAAGAGGGAAGAGAUGCUUGAGCGACAAAGGAUGAUGCAGCAAAAAACAAAAACCCCACGACCUUUGGCUACAGAUGCUGCGCCUCGAAAAGGAUGUAAAUAA